CAAUAAAUCGAUUUUUCUUGAUUUUUACGAGAAAAUUCGGAAAUAGCAGUACAUAUUUUACGGAAAAGUGAUCAAAUCCGGGAUGGCCACCGAUGUGGAGCCGGCGGCGAAUACGGCGGACAAGUUUUCCGCCAAUGCCGAGGAGCUGGAGAGCUAUUAUUUGAUGCUGGAGGCGGGAAACAUCCCGGAGCUGCAGUGGCAAUUCCCAGGACGUAGGGCUCCAUCGCCGGAGGCAGCAUCCGGCGGAAAUAGCAAGGAACUGGAGCAGGCCACAGAUGCCAUUGAGCAGGAACCCCAGAAGGCCAACGACUUCGACUUCAGCGACGAGGUGGCCCCCACCCAAAUGCGCGUCCGCAGCCAGACCUCCACGCCCAAGUCGGCCAAAAAGAAGACGGCCAACUUCGCCGGCGUCAUGGAGACGCUGAAGAAGAAGAACGCGGAGAGCUCCUAGCACCCGCCAAAAUUCUGAUGCUGAUCUGGGAAUCCAAGGAAUCCGAAUGCAGAUGGCUACAAGGAAGGGAAUCUCCAAAUGGAGAGCACCAGGAGCUCAAACAUAGCUCUAAACUUUAUAAUAACAUAGUUUUUAAGCGUUCAAAAGGCAGAGGGCCAAAGAAUUCCGAUGCAGACCAGGGUUAGGAUAACUUUAAAUUCAUUUGGUUGAGUAAAAACAAGCUAAAUUCUACUUUUAGUUGGGAAAAACAUUGUCUAACUUGACAAAUCGCAGGUAAAGAGGGUAACCCUUAAAGGUUCUUGCGAUUUCGCCAUAUAUAGUUAAGAUCUACCAGUAAUUACCAUUCAACAAGUUGGUCUAGACUCUAGAGAUUGAUGUUUUUAACUACUACCUUGUCAUAAGACUAGCUUGUAAGAACUUUCAUUUACCAUUUUAUAGUUCAGUUUUCCAUUAGAGAGCAAGUACUGGUACACAGUAUCUUGCAAGUGAGGCAGCCUAUUCCUUAGAAUUAAUGAGCUAACAAAUAAGAGUAGUUUAAGUAGCCGUAAGAAGUUUAUCUAGCAUUUUAUAUAGUUAGAUAGAGUAGGUAUUAUAUCGCAUUUAGAACUUACUUUUGUGUUCCACUUUAAACUUCAUUUCUUACUCAUUCACUAAUGGCAAUAUUCCUGUUAAUAUUGCCUAAUAACCGCCGUUUGAAGAUUAGCCUAUUUAGGAUAUACGUGAACCACCUUUUUCAAGGUAGUUCAUAGUUAGUUAAUCAUAAAGAUUUACAAUAGGCAGGACAAGAUAGGUUUAAAUCUGUAUAUAUAAUGAAUAAAAACUGAAUUUCACAAAAAGCUGUUAUAAUCGUGUCUGAAAGUAAAUACAAACUAUUGAAAUCAGCACAGGUAUUCAAAUUAAAUCUUAAUGAGUGUCUAUUUUCCUUAAAAUAAUAUGCAGUAGGCUUAGAAAAUUAAAUAACCAAGGGUUCUAUAAAAGUAGUGUCAUCUCUUUCGUUUUUAUAUAAAUAAUACAAGCGUUUAAAAAGAAUAUCCAAAUCUGUUAAAAAUACCAGUUUACGAUUUCUGAAUCAAUGGAUAAAAUGUUAAACUAGAAACUAGUUAAAAUUUUAAAUAAAGAACUUUAAAAUAGAAGUUAAGAUCCUAUAUGAAAUAUUUAUAUAUGGUUCCAAUAAAACAGAAAUUUCUUUAAGAAACAUA